ACCCUUUGCCGUGGCCAACGCUAUUAAUUGUGUACACACCAGCAUGGCACCGCUGCAGGACAUCUUCGAGGGCAAGAUAGAUUUUAUCGGCCAGAAGAGGGUGGACAGCAUCUCUCGGAUAUGGUUGGCAACGAGCACGGUGGUAUCGUUUGUGGUUGGGUUUGCUCUGCAGUCCUUGCGAGCGACGAUGGGCACUUUUGCGCUGUCCACGCUACUCCUAUUCGUGAUGGCAGUACCCCCGUGGCCGGUGUAUAAUAGGCAUCCUGUGGAGUGGAGGAAAUAGUUUCCUGUAGCUGUGCCUGCUGAUAGGCGCCGUGCUAGCUUGCUAAGGAGUAGUGUAUUGGCGAUAAUAACGACUA